UGAUUAAAAUAUAACUAUAACUAAACUAAAAACUGCUGUUUGUUACUGUUCCCUAAAUUCCCGUAAUGUGACUUUAGAAUAGUGUGUGACGAACCGGGACGAUGGCGUACCGUUACACCCCUACUGGCAACACUUUUUUUUCACCACUUUCUACUUUUUUCAUUUUGGAUUGAAGCUGUAGCUGGGCGGUCCCCAAUGGCGAUGUCCUUUGGGAGCAGUGAUGGAGACAUAAGUCUGAUCCCGGACAAAUCUUUACGUGGAUCAUCGGAUGAGGACCAAGCGUCAAAUGCAAAGAUCAGACGUUGUGACCUGAAACCCCAAACAAAUAGUCCAAUCCUCAUCUCCAACAUCGAUGAUAUUAUACAAGAAAUGAGCCCCACUUUUGACAAGUCUCCCAGCAACACCCUACCUGCCGAAAACAUAUCUGAGAAAGGUGACGUUCAAGUUCCAGCACAGUCAAGUCGGCAGGAUUAUGCCUUAUUGUAUAGUCCAAGUGAAAACACUACCUUUUUUCAUGCUGAUACAGCAGUAUCGGACUGUUCUCCUUAUGCUAACCAACCUAAGGAAGACAGAUCUUCAGUCUCAAAUAGAUUAAGCCCAGAAAGGUUUGAUGUGCUGGAUAAAGGUAAAGACUCCAAUGCCGAUCACUGUGACUCAAUUGGUGACUCGACUUGUGAGAAACUCAAUAAACUGUCGACUGGCGCUUACAGUCUUAGGAACCCACCUUUGGAUGAAAAGAAAGGGGAGCGUUGCUCUGGUAAUGACCAAGUACUUUCUCCCGAUGGAGGUGUACCUUCCAACACACCAUUGCUUUUGCCUUCACACAACAACGAGCCGAGUCAGAGGACAAGAGUCUUUACCGACCCCUCCUACGUAGCGAGCAAAGAACGCUCACAGAACUCCCAAUGGAAGGACGUCUCAGCCAUGGAGAAAGCACCUGCAAUGUCUCUAUCCCCGAUGGAGUGUCACGUCAUUAGUGCCUUUGGGUCCGACUCGGACAAACGUGACGAGGCAUUUCAUCCUGGAAGACUUAGUAUUCAUGGCAACCUCAGCUCGCUUGACUGUCCCGAUCACCUGCCUCAUGACGCCUUGCUGGACUCCGAUGCAAUCAAACCUUUGAAUGCAGAACCACCUGAACAAACGUCAUUCAAGCAGACUUACAAUGUGACUACUGACGGUUCAAGCGGAGCAGAGUCUAGUACUGAAAAAAUCCCAAAUGCUCGACCCAUCCCUAAGUUUCAUGAUACAUUUCAAGUUGACAGUAGCCCUAAACUUAAGGGGCUACGGACAAAGAGUAACAAAGCACUAGAGGAGCCACUGCACAAUCUUACCAAGAGUCCAAGUCCAGUUCUUUCAAAAUGCAAUGUGGUCUUGAACCAGGUGAGAGAUUUACCACCAGACGACGCAAGGUUUCCCACUUUGAAGGCCAGUAACCAACUUGAUAAAAACGGUGAUGCGCUAUCCAAAUGUGGUGAAGGUGGGACUUGGCACCAUGCCUCAGGUGACACAUUUCGACCUCUCACUCCAAGCAAGGAGACUGAUACCGACGUAGGCAUUACGACGAUGUCAAAACCGCAGGCGCUCUCACACCGACCUGCCACUCAAAGAACGUUCAUUGAAGUUCAACUGUACUCUUUCUCUGGUACCUCACCUACCGUGGCAAACAAGCGCACAGUGGACUCUAAAAAUGAUUCAUUUGCACAAUCGGGCACCCAUGUCCUUACGAACUGUGCUUCGAAAGAAAGGACAUCAAAUGGUCUAGUUGAUCAAAUAAAGGAUCGUCAUUCAGAUACAAAUAGUACCUUGAAACCCGCUGAGACGGGUGAUAACCCCAAAUCCGGCAUCUCCAAGCUGCACAAAAAGACAAUUCUAAGGCGAAGCUUUGUUACAGACACUCCGUUUUCUGUGGACUACAAUCCCUUCUCGGUCCAACACAAGAUAAAGUCCUUCGAAAACCUGGCACACUUUGACAAACCUCUGGCUAAAUGUAGUGAUAAUCCGUCAUAUGCUCUGGCAUACGGAGCCUCACUAAACCAAAGGAUCGCAGGUUAUCUGGGCUUGGCAAACUUUGACUACCAGGCACAGCAACACAUCUCGACACCACCCUGCUCAUCGGAAAAACCUCUGUCAAACAUCACUUUGAUAAACCUCGACCCUGCUUAUACAAGCUCUAAUACGGUUUACCUGACUAAGGACAGUCUUGUCUCUAAAGUGCCAAAAGGUUUGGAUGUUACACCAGCGACCCCACCUGUGCUGCGGAGGAAACAUGCCAGACUUUCCUGCCACCGGUUGAGGCAAGCCAGGGCUCUCAGUAUGCCAGAACUGGGAAAACUGAGCACAUGCGACCUGUUAGCCAGAACGGAUGGCGUUGAGGAUAAAACUGAGGUACCCGUUCCUUCCCCUGCCACAGAGACCGUGGGCUUGUCACCUUCUGCAACACAAAUAAUGAUAGAGCGGACUAAAGAAGGCCAAAGUAACACGCUAGAAACACCUGAGAGAAACUCUGAUAGCACUAAGCCGCAGUCUGACUCCUCAGUCAAGUCCAGAGGUUCUCUGCAAACGACGAAUGAGCUGUGCUGUCCUGCUUCCACAGAGGUCACCAAGCACACUCGCCUUGUGGUCCUGCAUAAGGACCAAGGCUCAGGACUUGGCUUCAGUAUUGCCGGAGGAAGUGACCUGGAGCAAAAGAUCAUCACUGUCCAUCGGGUGUUCAGCAAAGGUGCAGCCAGCCUGGAAGGAACCAUUCUGAGGGGUGACCAGAUUUUAUCGAUAAACGGAACUUGUUUGGACGGUAAAACCCACGGCGAGGCAGUUUCUUGCCUCCAUCAAGCCAAAGGCUCCAAUCAAGCCCGAGUAGUUAUUUGCAGAAGUAUAAAGAAUGAAAAAGGUUCCUCUGAAAGACACGACUCAGCCUGCAAGCCACUGACGGAGCUCUCAGCCCUCAACAUUUCUUUGGAGAAAAGAGCAGGUCCAGACGGGGUUUUGAAAGUUGAGCUUCACAAGACGUCUGCUGGCCUUGGCUUCAGCCUGGAUGGGGGAAAGUCCUCAAGUCAUGGAGACAAGCCUCUAACUGUGAAACGCAUAUUCAAAGGGGGAGCUGCUGAGCUGUCCGGUCUGAUGGAGGUUGGGGAUGAGGUCUUGACAAUAAAUGGGAGUUCCCUGGAGGGUCUCAUGCAUCACGAUGCCUGGAGGAUCAUCAAGGCGACGAGCGACGGUCUGAAUCACCUGACCAUCCGCAAGCUCAGGGAAGAACUGUAGGAGAACUAAAGUGCUGAGGAGAAGAUCAGCCGAGCUUCAGGGAAGAGAUCACCAUCUUGUCUUACACCGUUGUACUUUUGUUGUGUUGAAGUGAUGGUACGACAUCUCGAUGCUGUACAGUUAUGACAUCAACAUACAGCGUUGUCGUCAAGUUUUUUAGUGUUGCGCUAUUGUUUGUUGUGAUUUAUUUAAAGGAGUGGAAGGAUUUUAUGUAAGAUAUUUUCAAAGAUUUGCAAAAACAAUAAUUGGACCCACAAGACUGAUUUAUUAUUGCAAUGGUUUCUUACUCCCCCCACAAAUAUAAACAUCUCCAUUUGUAAA